AUGACUAAUGAUUGUUAUAAGGAGUUUAAAGGAUGGUGCAAAUCAUUUACAAGAACUGAGACUUAUUUGUCAGCGCUACAACUUGUACUUCUUGUAGUGUUUAUCCUGAGUUUCACAUUUACCAUUCUUCACUUUAUUGCUUGUUUUAAAAAUAAAGAGAUGAGUAAAGUAAAGGAAGAGAGUGAAAUAGGUACAAGUGUUACCAUAGCUGAAGAACCAACACAUUCAGAUAUAUUCACGUCCACGAAACAUCUCACAAGUCAAACUCAAACAUUGCCAAAGGAUAUAGAAUGUACUUGGACGCCAUCCAUAAAAACAACUGCUGUUACACAUUACUAUGAUAGUGAUUUGAUAUUCAAUAAGCCUGAUAAAACUCCAAAAUCUGGUAGCAGUGAUCUGAAAUCAUCGCAACAGUCAUGGCCCCCCUCAGACUUUUCCACUGAAGACAACACAGAGAAGUCAUAUGAUGGAGAAUAUGUAGAUGAAGUGAAGAAAGGUUACCUUUUAGCACUUGUAAAGAUUAAGCCUCCACGAGAUAUUACAUUCGGAUGCAUAUUAACAGUUGUUGCUCAAAGUUGGACUUUAACUGCUGCAAGUUGCAUAGAAGCCAUAGAGGAGGUGGAUUCCUUAGACUCUUUUGUUAUAGUAAGAGGUUUCGAUGAAAAGGAUGAAGAAAAUAUUUAUAUAGUGUCUGACAUACUGAUACAUCCACAAUAUCAAGGUGUGAAUGCAACAUAUGAUCUCGCUGCUUUAAAAUCUGAAGAAAAUAUUGCAAAGGAGAUUGAUCAAAUCGUAACAUUACCAACUAUGGUGGACUAUUUUUCAGUUACAAUCGGUGAGACCCUAUCCAUUCUGGGUUAUGGAAAAUAUAGAAAUUUAGACAUAGAUCCUCGGUCUCGACGCGUGCGCUCGGUGCGGGUGCACCGGCUGCCGGCGCAGCAGUGCGCGCGCGGCGAGUCGUGGGCGCUGCGGCACCUAUGGGGCGCGCGGGGAGAGCGGCGCGCGGCGUGCGGGGCGGGCGCGCUGUGCGCCGGCGCGCUGCGGGCGCGCGCGCGGCCCUGCCACUACUGCGCGGGCGCGCCGCUGCUACGUCGCCGCGUGCUGCUGGGCGUCAUGAGCGACAACCCGCAGUGCGGCGCCGCCUGCGAGCCGGCGCUCUACGUCAACUUGGCGCUCCUCCGGGGCUGGCUCGACUCCGUUAUACAUUCUGAUUGAUUAUAUGCACCGGUACCGACUCGAUACCGACUCUGUGCGCUGCUAUGAUCUCGUCGACGGAACGUCUCGUUCGGCGCCUAUUGUUUGUAUUCGUUAAAAGAAUAAAAUUGACGCAUGUCAUUUUUGAAA